UGAUGACAACCCACUCCCACUGUAGUUUACAACCGUCACUCAGUCUGGGGGAAGACGGCAGAAAGACAAGCAGCAAGAUGAAGCACCUGUUGUUUCUGGGGAUUGCUUUUGUCACACUCCACGUCAGCCAUUCGAAUAUUCCAGCUUUCUGCAGCUUGCCCUCUGAUGAAGGACAAGGCACCCAGUUUAUCAUUGCCCUGCAUUACGACGGCGCACAAGAUCAGUGCCAACCAUUCCUAUACAAAGGCGAGGGAGGAAAUGCCAACCGGUUUGAAAAUGAAAGAGAGUGCAUAAGAAACUGCUCUGCCAAUGCAGAAAACCUCUACCCCAUGGAUGCCCGUCAAGCUUGCCACUACAAAAAGGCCGAAGGUUCAUGUAGUGGCAAGUACUUGAGAUACUACUAUGAUCCAGUUCAUGGGAAAUGCAAGAGAUUCCUUUGGACUGGAUGCAUUGGAAACGGGAACAGGUUCCUCAGCUCGAAUCUCUGCAACUCCACCUGUGACGGCGUCCACGAUGAUCCUCUGGGCGAUGAAAUCGAGGACGACGAGCCGGACACUCCUAUUGCGAUCAUCUGUGGAGUUCUGCUGGCCGUCAUCGUUGUCGCCAUCUUCACAACUGUGAUCGUCUUGACCCUUAAGUCAAAGAAAAAGAAGUCCAAGAAGUCUGGAGGGAAAUAUAACGAGUCUGACCCACCUCUCCAGGAACAGAGGAUUGAAAUGUCAUAGAGAAUCAUGUCACUUCCAGCCAAAAUGUGGAGUCUUUUCCAGCUCGGUUUUGUAUUAUAACUCAACUAGUUCUUGAUACCAAACGUAUCAACUGAUUCUAACAUUUAAGUUGUUUACUGACAUAUGUAUUAGGCAUUACAAUUCUGCUCAGUUUUCUAUUUCGUCCCACCUCUACAAUAUGUGCAAGUUGAUGUUUUUUAAGUUGUUUUUUUUUUCCUGCAAGCUUUAUCCUUUAUACUUUCAGUCACCAAUCUAAUUUGGUUAAGAGUAAUCCAAAGAAACCAGAGCUUAACAAAGUCAAUUAAUUGAUUUGCUGAUUGAUGGAAAAAAUCACCAGCAACCAUUUUGAUAAUUUGCUUAAUUGUUGAGGUAAAUUUUCUAGGGAAUAUAACAAAGGUUCCCUUUUUUCCAGCUUUUCAUUUGUGAGAUUUCCUGCUUUUCUUUGUAUUAUGUGUGAAUACGCAAAAUAAACUUGGGCUUUGGACUGUUUGCCUGUCAAAACAGGCAAUUUAGGACCCUUUUCUCAAAGAUUUUUCAUAGACCAAACGAUUAAUCACGAAGAAGUCACAUGAAUUAUUAAUGGUGAUUACUAUAACAACCCUAAAAGAAACAUUCAGAGAGUUAUUUCCACAAAUUUUAGAUCAGAUCAAGACAGUGCUCAGUAUUCAGGCAUCAACACAAGCAGAACAGCAUCAUUACAAUUAAGUGAAUAGCUGUCAGCAGUGUGCUCUUAUGGUCAUUUCAGUGUUUCCAAAAUACAACUGCAUCAUCACCUGGCUCAGAAAUUUGCUGAAAAAUGUCUGAAGUCUUCUGAAGGCACGUGCAAAUUGAAAACCCAACACAUAUAUUUAGAGCUGUUGUUGUACUGUGACGACCGCUGGGCACUCUGUGUUAUUACGUUUUUCUGCUCAGCAUCUUUGAAAUCUUUUUGUUUUAGGCUGUUAAGAUCGCAACAAAUAGUGUGACAAACAACCUUUCACAUUUUCUACGAUGUAUCUUAGAAUGUAUGGCUGUAAUAUGAUUAGAUGCUUAUGCUCUGUGUUUUUGAUAUAAAAUAAUACAUCACAAUGUCUAAUUUCAUGGAAAAUAUUUUGGUGGGGUUCAGAUGCUUUUUAUUGUAAAAGAUAUCAUAAAAGAUUCUGUUAUCUUCAUAUUAUGUAGGCUAAUGGGUUUUAGAGCUGAAAGUGUUCUUGACCAGUGUAGGUUAACAAAAUACACAGCAGAUACGUCGUUUCAGGGUGCUUUUAUACUGUUAAAAAACAGAGACAAGAUUUGAACAGGAUUUUUUCACAGUUAGGUUGUUCGAUUAUUUUAACAGAAUGUGCUGCUUGCAUUCAUUUUGAUGUCAAGUUUACCACCAUUAUUGAUGAAAUGUAAUUAAUUUUGCAACCUAUCAAGCCAUGUCCCCAUUUUGUAAUUGUGUGUGAGCCUGAAUUGUAUAUUCCUUUAAAAAUAAACAUUUGGAAAACAAUA